GACAAUGGCUUGCUAGUUGACGGUCUGGUAUGGUUACCAGACCCGCACCAGACAUUUGUGAAAGGACGUAUCAUCGAGACUAUAAAUGACGGAAAACAGGUCAAAGUGAGACCUGAAAACUCACAGGAAAACACCCUCAUCUUGGAUGUCGACAAGCUUGAGCGCUGCAAUCCUCCGCAGUUUGACAAGUGUGAGGACAUGGCUUCAAUGACGUAUCUCAGUGAGCCUUCAGUUGUGAACAACCUUAUGUUACGCUACAAAGAAGACUUUAUCUACACCUGUUCCGGUUUGUUUCUGGUUGCGGUCAAUCCUUACAAGGAGCUCAAUAUCUACAAUAAAAGUUUUGUUAAUAUGUACAAGGAUUCCAAGUUGGACAAAAAUGGCUCAUCCGAGAAAGACCAGAAACUGACCAGUUGCAAACCACAUAUUUUUGCUAUCAGUGAAGAGGCCUUCCAAAACUUGAUCACAGACGGCAAGGAUCAGAGCAUUUUGGUCACCGGAGAAUCGGGAGCCGGAAAGACAGAGACAACAAAGAAAGUGAUUCAGUACUUGCUUUCUGUUGUUUCCACUGACAGCAAUAGCUCUACAGCCUCCAGUUUUGAAAGCCAAAUUCUGGAAGCGAACCCGAUACUUGAAAGCUUCGGUAAUGCUCAGACGGUGAAAAAUCUCAACUCAUCGAGAUUUGGUAAGUUUAUCAAGAUCCAUAUUCAACAUUCUACAAGGCGAUUGGUCGGUGCGCAUAUUGACUGGUAUCUGCUUGAAAAAUCACGGGUUGUUCUUCAAGACAAGAUAGAGAGAAACUAUCACGUAUUUUAUCAAUUUCUCAAAGGUGCACCUGAGAGCGAACUCAAAAAGCUAAAACUAACUCGUUCAUUUCAGCAGUAUGGCUACCUCAAAAAUACCAAUCAUGGUGUCGCUGGGAUAAAUGACAAAGAGGACUACUCAAAACUUCAGAAAGCUUUGGAAGUGAUGAAAUUCAGCAAGGAAGAAAAGGGCCACAUCUUCAAAAUCAUUGCCACCAUUUUGCAUCUAGGAAACCUUACAUUCAAGAACCGGGGUAAAGAUGACCGUCAGGCUCAUUUCAGCGAUGAUGCUCCCCUGACCACAGUUUCUGAGCUCCUAGGGGUGUCAGAAAAUGAGCUUAGAACCGCUUUGUUAACAUCCAAAGUUAAAGCUGGAAGAGAAUUCGUGACCCAGCAACGUACGGCUUCUCAAGCUAAAUUUACCAUUGAUGCACUUUCAAAGUCAUUAUACGAACGUUUGUUCCGCUUUUUGGUGGAUAAGAUCAACGACAAUUUUAAUCGUAACUCUUCGCUAUCAAUGGAAGCACAAAGAUUUGUGGGAAUCCUCGAUAUUGCAGGGUUUGAGAUCUUUGAAAGAAACUCUUUUGAGCAACUAUGCAUCAACUAUACCAAUGAGAAGCUACAACAGUUCUUCAACCAUCAUAUGUUUGUCUUGGAGCAAAGCGAAUAUCUUCGGGAAGGUAUCAGCUGGAACUAUGUUGACUUUGGUCAGGAGCUCAAGCCCACAAUAGAGCUGAUUGAAGGGUCUUCCUCCAAUAAGAUUGGAAUAUUCUCGCUCUUGAAUGAGGAGUGUGUUGUUCCUAAGGGGUCAGAUACCUCUUUCCUUGAAAAACUGCACCGAGAACUAGAUUCGAAAACGAACCAAAAGAAUUCUAGGUACAGGCCAAGCAAACUUGGAGACGCAUUUUUUGUUCAGCACUAUGCUGGCACAGUUGAGUAUUUUGUGGAUGGUUGGCUCGACAAGAACAAAGACCCACUUAGUUACACUUUGGUUGAAAUUCUGUCAGGAUCCAAAGAUAAGUUCGUGAAAGCCUUGUUUGAUUCCUCUACUGAAACCAACCUCGCAAUCUCUCCGGUCAAAGGAGCUCAAAGAAGAGGCGACAGAUUCAGAACUGUCGCCCAAAGGCAUAAAGAACAACUCAACGACUUGAUGAAGCAACUGUCUGCCACUCAUCCUCACUUUGUGAGAUGUAUUUUGCCCAACACAAACAAAAUGCCAGGUCAGUUUGAUAAGAAGCUUGUUCUCGAGCAACUUAGAUGUAAUGGUGUUUUGGAAGGCAUUCGUAUAGCCAGAUCUGGAUAUCCUAACAGGAUCGAAUUUGACCAAUUUGCUGAGACUUAUUGGCUUUUGGCCAAAAAUACAACGUCUUCUAAGAGCUUGAGAAGAAGGAGCAAAGACAUCUGUGAAAUUAUUCUCAAAGACUUGCAUCUGGACCCUGAAGUUUACAAGAUUGGUACAACUAAGUUGUUUUUCCGUAAUGGAGUUCUCGCGAAGCUGGAGAAAGAAAAGACAAGAAGAUUAUCAGCAAUGAUUUCUGAGUUUAAUGCCGUUGCUCGGGGUGUGAUCCUGAGGGGAAAAAUCAAAGCUCAGCUAGCAAAGUUGCAAGCCUCUCGUAUCAUAGCGAGAAACUUUGCCGUGUACAACACGGUCUCCGGCGAUCCAUGGUUUAGAAUGGUUUCUCAAGUAAAGCCUUUGCUUGCAAAUUCUGAUUCCUCUCAGUCCUUCUUCAAUCGAAAAAUUAAGACGCUUGAGAAAAAGAUCAAUGCUCUCAAAGCGGAAAAGGAAAUGGAGACACAAACAAAGAAUAAACUCGCAGAAGAACUCGCAUCAUUAACAGGAGCAAUUGAAAUUGAUAGAAAGUUACUGGCAGACAAAACUAAACAUUUGGAUACACUUCAGGUCAAUCAUGUCAAACUUGAAAGCCAAUUGAAGGACAAACAGGUGGAAUUGCAGGAGCUUCAAGAUAAUUAUAAAGCUUCCAAAACGGCAAUAGAGCAAGAAAAAAGACGACUUCUUGAAAAACUAAACACUCUAACAGAGGAACUGGAAGCAAACAAUAAAGAUGCGAACUCUCUUCGGGAAGAAAUCAAGUCCCUGAAGAACUCGUCAAUGGAGAAGGAUGAACGGAUUAAGCAGCUUGAAGCAACUCUUGAGUCUGCAAAGGCAGAUAUGAGCAAGAAGCUCCAACAAAAGCUUAUGGACAAAGAGACUGAACUUAACAAACAGAUUAAGAAUGUCACAAUGCAGCUUGAAAAUUCAAAGAAAGAAGUUCGUACCAUCAAGUUCAGCAACAGCGAGUUAUUAAAAGAAAACGAACAAUUCAAGAGAGCACUCACUGAGGCGAUGUACAAAAAUGACAAGCUCACUACAGAGAGACAAGAGCACUUAAUGCGAAUGGAUACUCUUACAUCUCAAGUAAAGGCCCUCAAAACCACGAAUGCGGAUCUUUUGCAGGAGAGAGAUAGCCUGCUGGAGUCAAAGCGUGAGUUGGAGGCGAAGGUGUCAGAGAUCACCGCAGAA